AGCCGAAGUCACCCCAGACCGCAUAAUACUCCAACGUCGCUUCGAAUGAAUGAUAAUUUAACCAGUUUGAACUUGUACAUCGCACACGAAGAAGGCUAACUUAUAUGACGAUAUUCCCUCUUAAGCUUUUCUCAGACUCUCUGGCAAUGACUGUGCAGAUAGGGGUGGCGUGUCUGGCUCUGCUAGGCCUGACCUCAGCCCUGAUUUGUCCUGAUGGUGGGAUGUGUGCAGAGGGGAACACCUGCUGCAAGACGCCCAGCGGGGGAUAUGGCUGCUGUCCACUACCGAAUGCUGAGUGCUGCUCGGACCACCUGCAUUGCUGUUAUGAGGGGACAGUGUGUGAUUUAGUGCACUCCAAGUGCCUUAAUAAAACCGUCUCUCUGCCGUGGGUCAGAAGAGUUCCUGCCAAACGCCUAAUCGGCCCUCUGAUGCUGGAGGGAGUGAAGGCAGUCAUUUGUCCCGACGGCGAGGCCGAGUGUCCAGACGACACUACCUGCUGUGAACUCCCAGGCGGUUCCUGGGGCUGCUGUCCCAUGGCCAAGGCGGUGUGCUGUGAGGACAAGAUGCACUGCUGUCCAGAGGGCACCAAAUGUGACUUAGCCCACUCCAAGUGUGUGUCGCCCACCCUGGACACGUUCCCUAUGAGGGAGAAAGUGCCUGCAAGGAAGAGGCAGACAGUAGCUGUGGUUGGACAAGCAGUGACCUGCCCAGGUGGUAAGAGCCUGUGCCCAGACGGAACCACAUGUUGCCUGCUGGCCAGUGGAGACUUUGGCUGCUGCCCCUACCCUGAGGGUGUGUGCUGUACUGACAAACUCCACUGUUGCCCUGGCAACACAACCUGUGACCUGGAGCAUGAGAUGUGCACUUCCCCCAAUACACGGACUCCAUUGGCCAAGAAGAUCUCUGCAAUCCCCAACGAUGUGGAUUGCCCAGACAAGUUGUCAUUGUGUCCUGACGACACCACUUGUUGCCUGAAGGGGAAUGGGAGCUAUGGCUGCUGUCCUAUGCCCAGUGCUGUGUGCUGUUCAGAUCACCUCCACUGCUGUCCAGAGGGCACUACCUGUGACCUGGGACAGGGCACCUGUGUGUCUAAACACGACCAAACCCCCAUGGCUGUCAAAAUCCCUGCCACAUUGACCACUUCAUCCCUACAGAGCAGAGGCCCGAGACAAAUCAAUGCUGUGCCCUGCAACGACUCUGUGGCCUGUGCCGAUGGGAGUACGUGCUGUAAAUCACUAGAUGGAGAAUGGGUCUGCUGCCCCCUGCCCAAGGCUGUGUGUUGUGAUGACCAUCUCCACUGCUGCCCCCACGGGACCAUCUGUAACCUGGCAGAGAGUACGUGUGAUGACCCCUCAGGCUCUGCCCUGGUUCCCAUACUGGACAAGGUGCCUGCUUUCAGCUACGUGUCGGAGGAGGAGCCGCUGCCCAACAGCAAAUGUGACGAGUCCACAUCGUGCCCGGGCCAAUCCACGUGCUGCAAGACCACCACGGGAAACUGGGCCUGCUACCCCCUGCCCAAUGCGAUGUGUUGCAACGACCACCUCCACUGCUGCCCCCACGGCACCGUGUGUAACCUGGAGGCCAGUACCUGUGAUGAUCCCUCAGGCUUCACCAUGCCGUGGGUCACCAAGGUGCCAGCCCUCCCCACCCAGACACCACUGGCCACUGAGAAGUGUGACGAACAGACCAUGUGCCCCAGGGGCACCACCUGCUGCAGGCAGAACUCGGGACAGUCGGCAUGCUGUCCUCUACCUCAUGCGGUGUGCUGCGACGACCACGAGCACUGCUGCCCUAAAGGCUACACGUGUAACGUGGCCGAACAGACCUGUGACAAGCCCGGGCUCCUCAGCCGGCCCUGGGUCCCCAAGCUGCCAGGCCUGCCACUGCACAGAGGGCUUCCCCAGGCCAGUGCCCCCUCCGUCCACUCAGCCAAGAACAUGUGUGACCCUCACACCAGCUGCCCCAAAGAUACCACCUGCUGCUUCGUGAAAAAGACUGGCAAGUGGGGGUGCUGCCCCUUACCCAAGGCGGUGUGCUGUGCCGACGGAGAUCACUGCUGCCCCAGCGGCUACAGCUGUGACGACCAAAAGACCUGCUGCACUAAGGGCCGCCUGACCAUCCCCUGGUACCGCAAGAAGAAGGCCCUGACUGUGGGAGCCAUGUUGAAAGAUGUCAAGUGUGACAACAAUAGCAGCUGUGCCUCUGGGACCACCUGCUGCAAGCUGCCCACAGGAGAAUGGGGCUGCUGUCCUCUGGUCAAGGCUGUUUGCUGUACAGACCACGAGCACUGCUGCCCACAGGGCUACAGCUGCAACAUGCAGACUGGGACCUGUGAGAAACCGGUAGAGGGUGUUCUCCCCCAUAUGAUUCCCCAGACAAAGGUGGCAGAGUCCCAGCAGAGAGCAGCGGAGGCGGGGAUAGAUGUGAAGUGUGACGGUGCUGGAGAGUACAGCUGUCCCAAACUGCAGACAUGCUGCAAGACCUCCGCCACAGAAUGGUCCUGCUGCCCCGAACCAAAGGCAGUAUGCUGCGCAGACGCCAAGCACUGCUGCCCCAUGGGAUACACAUGUCACCUAGGGCAGGGAGGCUGCUCCCAGCAGGCUGAGUUGACCUGGGAUAUUUUCUUCACUCACAACAAAAAGAGAGACUUUGUUCCUUUUGGACUCUGAGCCAAUCAGAAUGCAUUGAUCUGGUCUCUGUGCCAAUCAUUAGCAGCACUGAUCUGAUGUUCCUCCCUCCAGCACACUUACUAACCUACAGAACAUGCCAUAAGAGGAACACGACCUUAUGGACAAGGGACUGAAGAUUUAGUAUUUUUCUAUCUAUUUUCUUUCCCUUUUUUUCGUGAUUUUAUUUGGUUUUCAAUUGGGGUAGAACCAGGAAAUAGAAAUGUUUGAAAAUUCAGCAUCUCUACCCAAUGUCCAUCCAGAAGUGUUUUAAGAUUUUUAUGCAGCUAGCUUCUCCGUUUAUCCUUAAUGUCUUUUAGAUUUACGUUUAGUUACUACUGCCCCAUAUCAUGCCAUUUUGCUCUAUGCAAAUGAGAAACAUGAAUGUAUUAUAGCCUCUUGUUGGAACUAUCACUCUAAGCCUGCUUUGAGACGUAUCAAAAAUGAAUUUGUUUACCAAACUCUUAAGAACACAGCUACAUAGUAUAAGAAAGCUGAUUUUCAUGUUUUGUUGAUGCAGGGCACAACCAAGCAUUAGUAAGUGACUGUUAGUUUAUCGCCUGGAAGUACUUAUAUAGCCAUUGAUCAGCCGACAGUGUUAAUGUAAUUGAACAUUUUUCUCGAUUUUAUGUAUGUUUUGGCUGCUGGUUCUUUACUUUCUGUGAAGUGAGGAUCGAGAUGGAUGGUCCAACCUCUGACAGUUUUCUGAAUGCUGUCACUCAAACCCGUGAAGUCAUAGACAUUUUCUUAAAUGUGUAAUUUCCAUUUAUCUAUAUACAUCUUUAUAAUCAUAUAGUUAGAAUACAUUACAAUCAUUUGCAUACAAUGUAUUUAAAGCAAAACGUUUUUAAUCAGUCAUCUUAUCUUGAUGUCAUAAUACUUAUUGUUGAUCACUAUUGUGAUCAAUACAAAUGAUCAUAAAUAACUUUAUUUAAACAGAAUUGUGCCCAUAGAGAUCUUAUUAAACUAUUCUAAUUCCUAAUUCUAUGGUUGGUCCUUUUUUGAUUUUCAGUAUAGGAAUUACUGGUAAACCCCAGUUAAAUUAUUUCCUCAUGAAAUUUGCUUUUACAAAAAUGACAGACUUCCCUAUUUCAUAGUACGUCUAGUUCAUAGGAAUUAUGUAUGAGUGUUUUGCACAAUGUUUAGUUGAUAUCAAAAUGUACACAAAUCUACACCAAACACUACACCAAAAAAUUUAUUCCUUUUAAAAGAUUUUAUCUCAUUGAAGAGAGGGUGAAUUUGUGUCCCUGAUAAGUGUAUGCAAACUGAGGUGAAAUAUAUUUUUAAAAUAUAUUUCAUCGUUUACGUUUGAAAAACAACCAUUUGGGGUGUAUUUGUGGCAUUGUAGGUCGGCGCACAUUUGGCACAGCGUCGUCCGGGUUUGGCCGUCAUUAUAAAUAAAAAUGUGUUCUUAACUGA